CCGAGUUAUGUCGGAAUAUCAGUGUAAGUGAAGUGGCCUAGAGACCUACAUUUUGUGUUUUUUAAGGUAUUGUACAUAUUAUCAGAAAAUAUCUAAGACUGAAUCAUGAAUUUUGCGCCUUAACGAAAAUUCAUAAUUUCUCGAGCUAAAUAAUUUAGCAAUUCCGUUUGACCUUCCGUAAAUAAUGCACGAAGAUUCUCCGAAAAUGAGUGUUGCGCAGGGUCUGGUUGCCUCCAGUAGCCAGGCAAAGAACGAAAUCGCCAUGGAAGUUCCAGAAUAUGAAAUAACUUGUGUAGAUACAAAGUCAACUGAAAGCAUUGAGACGGAGCUGAAAAUUUCCUAUGUGAAUCCUACUAGCGGGGACGUAAAGGUUUUGAUUUCGGAGCUGGGGCGCUCUAUCCGCUUGGACCUGCUUCAGAAGGCUGGCGCUUCCAGCUAACCUCAAACCGCAGUAAAGUUUGAAUCUUGUAAUACCACUAUACUGCCCACCUCGCCCCGCCUCUAUGUUUUGUAUCGACACAAUCUCGAUUGCCAAAUACACCUAUUACCAAAUCUUACACGCGUAUACAAAUGUAUAGCAUCUAAAACAUAUCUAAUAAAUUGUUAUCAGUUAUUUUUAUAAUUUUUGUUUUGUGGUAUAUGAAGUAU